AUGAAGCAGACUGCCAUCCUCGCCCUCGUCGGCGCGAGCGUCGUCUCGGCCGCGAUCCCGUCAGACUGCCCGGCCUAUGACACGUACGCCGCCGAGCGUCACGCGCCCUACUCGUGCGGCAAGUUCAAGUAUCCCUACCAGCGCCCCGAGCCGCGCUGCCGCACCUACGCAGUCCCCGAGGUCGAGGAUACCCUGAAGAAGGUCAAGAAGGCCGUCAAGGACCAGGAUCUGUACAGGCUCUUCCUCAACGCAUGGCCCAACACGGUAGACACGACCAUCCUGUGGAGGGGUGCCGCCGCCGACAACAAGGAUGAGGAGCUCGCCUUUGUCACCACCGGCGACAUCCACGCCAUGUGGCUUCGUGACAGCGCCAACCAGCUCCAGUCGUACAAGCCAAUCCUCAACGUCACGUCGCACAAUGAGACCAACAACAUUGCCACGCUGUACCGCGGCGCCAUCAACCUCCAGGCUCGCUACAUCCGCAAGUUCCCCUACUGCAACUCGUUCGAGCCGCCUCCGGAGUCUGGCAUCCCUGUCGUCCACAACAGCAAGCGCGGCCUCUACAAGCGGGGUGACACCGUGAGCCCGCCGUAUGAUCCCAAUGUCGUCUUCGAGUGCAAGUACGAGCUCGAUUCCCUGUCCGCGUUCCUCCAGCUCUCCUGGGACUACUACGACGUCACCCGGGACGCGGAAUUCUUUGGCAAGUUCCAUUGGGCCGAAGCCGUCAAGACCAUCCUGCAGCUGGCAAAGGACAUGAUGAUAAGCACCUACACCGAGGAUGGGCAUGUCCAGAAGCCUGUGUACAACUGGCUCCGCGACGCAAACAGCGCGACCGAGGUUGUCUCGAAUGGCGGCACGGGCAAUCCCGUGGCUGGCAACAUUGGUCUCGUGCGCAGCUUCUUCCGACCUUCGGACGACUCGACCAUCUAUCAGUACUUCAUCCCCGCGAACAUGAUGUUCUCGCGCUACCUCAAGGCCUGCGUGCCAAUCAUGGAGACCAUCGACAAGGACACGGCCGCCCAGAUGGACACGCUCUCCGACAGCAUCGCCAAGGCCGUCGACGAGCACGGCAUUGUCAAGCACCCCAAGUAUGGCGACAUCUAUGCGUUCGAAGUUGACGGCUUCGGCUCCUUCAACCUUAUGGACGAUGCGAAUGUGCCCUCUCUCCUGAGCAUUCCCCAUCUCGGUUUCAAGCCCGCCUCGGACGCCGUGUACAAGCGCACCCGCGACUUUGUCCUCAGCAAGUCUAACCCUUACUUUGGCUUCGGGCCGGUCCUCAACUCCACCGGCGGCCCGCACCUUGGGCCCGGGAUGGCUUGGCCCAUGGGCGUCAUCAUGCGCACCAUGACGUCGACCGACGACGACGAAAUCGUCUACGGCAUCAAGCAACUCAUGGGCUCCACCAGUGGCCUCGGUCUCAUCCACGAGUCUGUGAAUACGCACGAUGAUACUAGGUGGACGAGGUCUUGGUUCGCUUGGGCCAAUGGCUUGUUUGGGCAAAUGAUACUGGACAUUCUCGAUAAGAAGCCUCACCUCUUGGAGAGGAGCUACCAGAACUGA